GGGAUCGGGGCGGGGCAGUCGGGGUGAUGGCCCCGGUUGUCGUCGCCGUCGCCGCCGCCGCCUCAGCAGCAGUAACCGAAGUCAACGCCGCCGCUGCCGCCUCCCGGGUUGCCGGCCGUCCGCGCGCUGGCUCGGCCGGGACCCGCAGCCAUGGAGGACUUCAUCGUGAUCUCGGACGACAGCGGCUCCGAGAGCUCCGGGGGGACCCGCUCGGGCCGGGCGCGGAGGCUCCGCCGGGCCCUGUCCCGGACCACCGGCGCGCUGCCCCGCCGGACCGUGGACUUCAUUGACUUAACUAGAGAAACCAGACCAAGGGCAAAGGAUCGCAAUGGACUCUGUGUGAUUGACCUAACAGGAUCUGAGGAAGAAAAUAGACCUAUUGCCACUCUUGACUUGACUCUAGAACCCGUUGCUCCUUCCCAGAAAGAGCCAGCCAGUCUUCAAGCAUGUGCCAGCCUCUCCAGCAAAGAGGUGAUGGAAGGGCGGGUAGACAGAAGCUCUCGGCCUGCAGCACGGAGAAUCAUUAACAGUGAUCCUGUGGAUUUGGACCUUUUGGAAGAAACUGCAUUUGAAGGUCCCCAGCCCCCUGUGUCCAUCAGUGGGGGCUCUGUUUAUCCAGGAGAGCCGAAUUGUAGCUCAACCAUAUUCAAAGGUGACCUCGGCUUCUUGGCAAGCCUACAGCUAUCUUCAGAUAUUCACUCCCUCCCUGCAACAAGCAAUAAUGGUAGCCGUAGCAAUCAAAGGGCACCCUUGCCAUGCCCACAGCAAGAUGUGCCUUGCCCUCCACAAGCCUUGCCAUGCCCACUGAGAGCCUUGCCAUGCCCACUGCGAGCCUCACCAUGUCCACCACGAGCCUCCUCAUGCCCACCACGAGCCUUGUCAUGCCCAUCACAAACCAUGCAGUGCCAACUACAAACUUUGCCUCACCCACCUCAAGAAGGGCCAUGCCCUCCUCAAGAUGUGCCAUGCCCUCAGAAUGUGCCAUGCACUCAGCAGAAUAUGCCAAGUCCACCUCAAGACUCAUCAUGGCAACUUCAACACUCACAAAGCCCACCUCAAGACUCACUGGGCCUACCUCAAGAUGUACCAGGCCCACCUCAAAACAUAACGUAUCCACAAGAUGUGGCACACCUGAAAGACAUGCCACAGUCACCAGGAGAUAUGCUACAAUCAUCAGGAGACAUGCCACAAUCAUCAGGAGACAUGCCCCAGUCACCAAGAGAUGUGCCACAGUCACCAGCUGAUGUCCUACAGUCACCAGCAGAUGUGUCACAGUCACCAGCCAAUGUACCACAGUCACCAAGAGACACGCCACCGUCACCAGGAAGUGUACCACAUUCACCUGGAGAAAUCCCACACUUAUCAGGAGAUGUGCUACAUUCACCUGGGGACAUGUCAUGCUUGCCAGAAGACAUGCCACACACACUUAGAGACUUGCCUCAUUUACCAAAACUCAGGCCUGACUCUCCGCAAAAUGAUGUACAGAACCAUGACACCCCUAUGGAUGUCUCAGCUCCAUCCUCUCCAAGCUGCUCUCCCAGCCCACAGUCUGAAACUUCCUUAGAGAAAGUUCCUUGGCUCUCUGUCACAGAAACUCCAGCCAGAAAAGAGAUAUCACUGUCAGAGCCUGUCAACCCCAGAUCUGCCCAGGUGCAAGCACGAACACCACAAGGUGGGUUGUACAACAGACCAUGCCUGCAUAGACUGAAGUACUUCUUACGACCUCCGGUGCAUCACCUCUUCUUCCAGACACUAAUACCAGAUAAAGACACAAGAGAGAACAAGGGUCAAAAAUUAGAACCUAUCCCUCAUCGAAGACUAAGGAUGGUAGCAAACACCAUUGAAGAAAACUUUCCCCUGGGGACUGUGCAGUUUUUGAUGGACUUUGUGUCACCCCAGCAUUACCCACCCAGAGAAAUUGUGGCUCACAUCAUCCAGAAAAUCCUGCUCAGUGGCUCUGAGACUGUGGAUGUUCUAAAGGAGGCCUACAUGCUUCUCAUGAAAAUUCAACAGCUACAUCCAGCUAAUGCCAAGACAGUGGAGUGGGACUGGAAGCUGCUCACUUAUGUCAUGGAGGAAGAGGGACAAAAUCUGCCCGGGCGAGUCCUUUUUCUACGUUAUGUAGUACAAACCCUGGAAGAUGAUUUCCAACAGAUCCUGAGGAAGCAGCGACAGCACCUGCAGCAAUCUAUUGCAAGCACUGUGCUAUCCUGUGACAAGCAACCCCACAAUGUCAGGGAUGUCAUCAAGUGGUUGGUCAAAGCAGUAACUGAAGACAGAUUAACUCAGUCCCCAAAGGAGAAUCAAACCUCUCCAGGAACAGGAAUCUUGAAGGCCAGCAGUAGCCACCCUUCUCCCCAACCUAACCUCACAAAGAACACCAAUCAGCUGAUUGUAUGCCAGCUGCAGAGGAUGCUGUCCAUAGCUGUAGAGGUGGAUAGGACCCCCACAUGCAGCUCCAAUAAAAUUGCUGAAAUGAUGUUUGGGUUUGUGCUGGACAUUCCUGAGAGGAGUCAGAGAGAGAUGUUCUUUACUACCAUGGAGAGCCACCUUCUGCGCUGCAAAGUGCUGGAAAUCAUAUUCCUCCACAGCUGUGAGACACCCACCCGCCUGCCCUUGUCUCUGGCCCAGGCCCUCUAUUUUCUGAACAAUUCCACAUCACUGCUCAAGUGUCAGUCGGAUAAAACCCAGUGGCAGACAUGGGAUGAACUGGUUGAGCAUCUACAGUUUCUGUUAUCCAGUUACCAACAUGUUUUAAGAGGGCGAUGCAGAAGUCAGACACCUGUUCACUCCAAGGAGAGUCUCACAUACAGCCUUCCUGCAAGGAGCCCUGUCCACAGAGGGGAGAAAAGCAGACUCAGGCAAGAUCAGUUAAGUUCAUACAUUCAUCCAGGCAACCAGUAUUUACUGAAUGCCUCCUCUGUGCCUGGCUCACUGGGAAAACGUCAAUGAAUGAGACCAACAUGGCCCCUGCCCUCCUAGAGCUUAACUGUCUAGUAAAGAGAUUGACCCUAAACAAACCACCACACAAGUAACAUAUAAUUGCAAUGAAAAUAAAUGCUGUGAAGGAAAGUACAAGUGCACAAAACAGGACUUACACUGUAUAUGGAGGAACCCAGGAAGGCCUCCCUGAAGAAGUGAUACUUGGGCUGAGAUAUGAAGUACCAGUGUUAGCCAAGCGAAUAGGGAGGGAAAAGUUUCCCAGAAAGAAGAAACAGCAUGUCCAAGGGCCUUGAGACAAGAAGUUGCUUAAUGAGUCCAAGGAACAUAGAGCAAACUGGUGGGACUAGGAUACAGUGAGCUAGGGGGUAAUAGCACGAAACGAGACCACGGUACCAGACAGGAGCAGGUGUGAAGGGCCCUCUUGUUAGGGAGUUCGUGUUAAGGAAUAACACCUUGAUUCCAGAGUGAAGGGAACCCAUCAAAGUGGUUUUAAGUAAGGUCACUCUGCCUGAUGUGUGAUAAAUAGUUUGGCCGAGGACCAGAGAGGUCAGGGGAGGGAUAAUGGUGACAAGGGUGUGGGUGGUGCAGUGGGAAAGGCAGUGACGGAUCAGAAGCACUUUGAAGAUCAGUGUGACAGGGCAUGGGUGACCAAGGCUGAAGGAUGUCGCCCAGUACUGACGUGGAGAUAAAUGGAAGAUCUGCAGAGAAGAUAAAGAGCUCAGUGUGACUGUUAGAUUGGAGAUUCCUGUAGUGACGAUGAUUAUGAUAAAAUAAUAGUAGCUGAUCCUAGUGUUGAUCCAGGAACUAAUAAUACUACCAGCCAGAAUAUCUUGAGCCAGGCCUUGUGCCAAAUAAACCCUUUACAUAAAUCACCUCACACAAUAACCACAAGAACCUCUGAUGUAAGAACUCUCCUCUACUGAAGCAUAAAAUCCAAGGCCUUGCCAACUGGACCAGAAUGGUUCAAGUCCACUGGCCAAGACUUCCUCCCCUUGGAUGGUGGUUAGGUGGGCACUGCCAACCUUUGCUUCUUUGAAUUUCCUGUAUUAAUAAAUUCCAAAUUCUUCUUGCUCCUAACCCACAUGUUCCCUAUAUCCCACUCUAUUCAGCCAAUCCUAUCUUUUCAAAGUCAUUUUAAUUUUUUUCAGAGUAGUACAUGCUUUGUUUAAGAAAAUCAAAUUCUACUCAAAGGCUUUUGUCCCCUGUGACCAUUCUCCUCCAGUAGCAGAGUGAAAUAGAGCACAUUUCCCUGCUUAAAACCCUCCAGAUACUUGCCUUUGCUUUCAGAGGCCAAACUCCACAUUGUUCUGUGGCCCAGCCUGCCUGCCAGUCUCCUCUAGUCCUGCUCUCCUUCUUACUACCCGGAUCUUACCUCCAAUUCUUGAAACAAGCUCUUCCUGCAUCAUGGCAUUUGCACUUGUUCUCUCUAUCUGGACUGCUUUUCCCCUAGACCUUUGCAUGCUUACCUCCUUCUCAUCCUUUGGGACUCAGCUAAGAGGCCCUCCCUGACUAGAGUGAGCUGCUUCCCUCGUUUCCCCAGUGUUCCUCUUCAUCACAGCACCUGAUUUAUUUAUUGGGUUGCACUCACCAAAACUAUAAUUGUUUUUGUUGGCUUGUUCACUGUCAGGCACUGUCACUGCAGCUAGAACGUCAGUCCAUGAAGGCUGGGCCCAAGGCUCUGAUCCCACUGCAUCCCCGAAGUCUAGCCCAGUUCCACAGACAGAGUAGGUGCUCACUGUAAAUGUUUGUUGAUUGAAUGUUGAAAGGGCCCUGUAAUGACAUCUCAAGGCAGCUUCACCUCCUAUGUUUCCAGACUUUUUGGAUACUCUACAGUGUAUUUAUUGUACUUUCUUUUCAGUUUAUUCUGUUUCCCAAAUUUCUGGACACUGUAGUUCAGUCCUUCUAAUAACCCUGUUAAUGAAGGCGCCAUUACCCCCAUUUUAUAAAUGAGAUAGAGAAAAUGAUACUGUUGUGGCCUCUGGCGCACCUGGGAGUCAGAAGGGCUGCAGGGCUCUUCUCACUUCAUUUGCCUUAUAUGUAACCUUGAGCUCCUUUCCCUCAAUUCCACACACUUCCAGAACCUUGUUGGGACUGAGUUAUGGAUUUGGGAUGAGAUACCUUUAGACCUUUGUACUUUCCCCCAGUAUUUUAUUUUUGGACUUACAGAAAAGUUUAAAGCAUAGUACAAUGCACACCCAUAUAAACUUUACCUUGACUCAUAAGCUGUUAACAUUUUGCCACAUUUGGUUUAUCUGUUAAUCCAUCUAUAUGCUUUUUUCUUUUUCUUGCUGAACCAGUUAAGAGUAAGUUGCACUGUCAUAAUCUUUCAUGCUUAAAUACUUCAGCUUAAGAAUACGAAUAUUCCCCUACAUAACAACUAUUCAUCAUCCCACUCAUUUUAUCCUUGAUUUAAUAUUAUCUAAUAUGUGCCGAUAAUAUCCUUUAUAGGUGUUCAGUUUUGCUUUGGGCCAGGAUUCAGUCAAACAGCACACAUUGUACUUGGUUGUUAUGCUCUUCAGUCUCCUGUCAUCUAACACAGCUCCCAGCCUUUACUUGUCUCUCGUAAUAUGUACAUUUUUGAAGAGUCCAGGGCACUUAUUUUGUAGAAUGCCCCACAAUUGGGGUUGCCUAGUUAUUCUCUGGUGACCAGCAAGAACGUGGAAGAGAUGAGGAUGUACACCCCUUUCCCAGUGCGUGACGUCAGAGGCAGAGACUUGAGCCCAGCCCUCAUGGACUGACGUUCUAGCUGCAGUGACAGUGCCUGACAGUGAACAAGCCAACAAAAACAAUUAUAGUUUUGGUGAGUGCAACCCAAUAAAUAAAUCAGGUGCUGUGAUGAAGAGGAACACUGGGGAAUGAGGGAAGCAGCUCACUCUAGUCAGGGAGGGCCUCUUAGCUGAGUCCCAAAGGAUGAGAAGGAGGUAAGCAUGCAAAGGUCUAGGGGAAAAGCAGUCCAGAUAGAGAGAACAAGUGCAAAUGCCAUGAUGCAGGAAGAGCUUGUUUCAAGAAUUGGAGGUAAGAUCCGGGUAGUAAGAAGGAGAGCAGGACUAGAGGAGACUGGCAGGCAGGCUGGGCCACAGAACAAUGUGGAGUUUGGCCUCUGAAAGCAAAGGCAAGUAUCUGGAGGGUUUUAAGCAGGGAAAUGUGCUCUAUUUCACUCUGCUACUGGGGGAGAACAGUCACAGGGGACAAAAGCCUUUGAGUAGAAUUUGAUUUUCUUAAACAAAGCAUGUACUACUCUGAAAAAAAUUAAAAUGACUUCGAAAUACAUUUUUUAAUACGUAAAACUUGAGGUCCAAAGAGGACCAAGAACAAAGGACUGGAAAUGGAGGUACCACAGGUACUCACAUGCCCUUUGACUUGUAUCCUAGUAACUCAUCAAGUCUUUGCCUAGACCCUACCUACCAAAAUUGGACUUCAUCUUCCCAAGUCAUAAAGGAAUAAAAAGCAGUUCAGAACAGUUCCGCUAAACUUUUCCCUCUUGCAGAGCACUUACGGAGUUCAGUGAUCGAUCGAAAAGACUUAAUAAUCAAAAGGAUUAAGCCCAAGCCCCAGCAAGGAGAUGACAUCACAGUGGUGGACGUGGAGAAACAGAUCGAGGCCUUCCGCAGCCGCCUGGUCCAGAUGCUG